ACAGUUGCGAAAUACAAUUACAUAUAUAUGUAUAUUGAAAUCCAUUUAUGAUAAUGAUAAUAAUUGUGCUUUCGUAAGCGAAUAUUGCAUUUCCUGCAAGAGAUAAAAUCGGUAUGGCAGCGGUAUAUACCUGGUUAGAAACUCUUUAUUAUAAUCUUUCUAUUUUCUGGGAGGAACUUUUGCCUCAUUUGCUGAGUGGCUUUUGUGUAUCACGGUUUACAUGUUAAGAGGAACAAUGAAUGUAUUUGUUGGACUUGGCUUAUUUGUAUUAAAUGUUCAUUAUGCAUCUGGUAUACAGUGCUACGACUGCUUUAUGGGCUGCAAUGACCCAUUUGAUUCCAGUGGCGUAAAGAAAUCAGAAUGUGAUGGUUACUGUACGAAAACAGAAAUAGAUGGAAAUGUUAAGAGAUCAUGCUUUUCUAGUAAAGUCAAAAAGGAUUCAUGCGAAGAAGCGGCCGGUUCCAGUAUGUGCUUUUGUACAUCUGACCUGUGUAAUGGACAAAAAAAAUUCAGUUGGCGUAUUAUUUUGUACACUAGCUUUGAUUUUAUAUGUGUUGGCAUUUGUGAUGGAGGCGUGUCUAGGACCCAAGUACGGAGUCAAGGGGCGUUUAUAAGCUAUAACGUAUACGAAAUAUUCGAGUGUGAUGUCAAACAAUCCAAUAAGCUGCUGUUGACUUUUUCUCUUUUAUCUCUUUCCAGCUCACAGUUUCAUUUUGAAUUUGAAAAUUCUAUUUGGAAAGAUUUCAAAUGUGAAAUUCAUACCUUUGACCCAAGCCAUACAAAAAGAGGUGUACAGAUACCAAAUGGCGUUAACUUUCACCUCAUUGGACUUUCAGAUAAUGAUUCUACAAUCCCUGCACCCGAAAGUUUAAAAGACUUUCCAACUUGGCCAAUGAAAAGACUUUCAUCCAUUAAACGAUCAUUCCGCCAUGAAAAGAGAUAUAUUGACAUCUUGAAGAUCGAUAUUGAAGGAUUUGAAUGGAAAGUGUUACCUGACGUCAUUAAAUCCCGUGACCUUAGAUAUGUGAGACAAAUUUGUUAAGAAAUUCAUUUUGGAUAUAGGUUUGAGAAUGUAUGGAGUGGCAACCGUGUUGUGGAUUAUAGAUAUACAAAUAGUACCUGGGGCAAUGUGACAAUUGCCAACCAACUUAAAGUCUUGAGAAAUCUGUAUGACGACGGCUUUAGGAUUUUUAAAUCGGAGCAAAUCAAAGGUUGGGGAAUGUAUAAUAUUAGGAAACCUAAACAAUCGAUAAAUACACUGAUAAAAAUAUCUUUAGU